AUGGGGGCCAACCAGUCGACCCCCAAGAUUACAGCACAAGACCGUGCUAUCCUCGAAGAGAUAAACUACGCCAAUACCAGAAGAAGGCAAAUUCAAGCAGUCCUCGACCGGGAACACGAAAUAGCUCGGAAACACCUUGCUGCAGGCCAGAAGGAUCGAGCUUUAAUUGCCCUCCGACAACGCAAAUACCAACAGAGUCUACUGCUCAAGACCGAUGCGCAGCUCGAGAACUUGGAACAGCUAGUUUCUACCAUUGAAUUUUCGCUUAUCGAGGUCUCGGUGCUGCAUGGCUUGAAGCAGGGAACGGAGGUCCUGAAGGAUAUCCACCGUGAGAUGAACAUCGAGAGCGUGGAGAAGCUCCUCGAAGAAUCGGCUGAAGCCAGAGAGUACCAACGGGUAGGAAGCUCUUCGGCAUGUCUUUGA